AAAUGAAAAUUGAAAAAUAAAUUCCAUCGCAAAUGCGAUGUAUAGUAACAACUUGACUAGUAGUUUCAUAACCUAUCAAUGUUUUAUAAUAGAAGUCUCCCGAGUUGGUAUUUAGUAAAUACUAAUCACGACGAUUCGUAAUUAUAGGGCUCUUUAUAUUGUAUGCUACCUGGGCUUAUCCGUGUCUGAAAAUCACCCUAAAUUAAACACCCAUAUAAUGAUGUUACUUGGUUAUUGCAAACAUUUUCUAUGCUCAAAAAAAUUAAAUUGGGGAAGCGAUCAGGAUUAAAAUGCAUGGUUUGCUUUGAGCAAAUUUCAGAAGCUAUAAAGUUUUCUCGCAAUGGGCAUGUCCCAAUAGCUGAUGGUAUAAGAUGUGAUGGUAAAAGAGAAUUGAUGAGGAUUGUUGACCAUUUGCAUAGUGACGCUCAUAAUGCCGCUCGUAAAGCUGACGAGAAUCAGCGCCUAUGGCUAACACAGGCUGAUAAACAUCCAUGGGUGAAAAUUCUUAAAAACCAUGAGUCGGAAAUUAUUAAAAAUUUAAUUGAAUUAGCUGUCGAUGUCCAUAAUGAUAGCAAAGUAUUGACAUUAUCUGCUAAUUCUUGGCCAUCUAGAUCACUUUCGAAAAUGCAUGCUAAUGCUCAAAUUGCUAGUUAUGGAGAACAUGGUUUGGAUUCUAAAUUUGCUUCUUUUAAACAAUCCUCUUCUGCAGUUCACUACAAAAAUCCUGUUAUAUAUCGUGAAAUGUUAGAUACGGUUGCUGAAAUUACCAUGGAGUCAGUUACAAACGAAUUGAAAAUUGCAGAAUGUUUUACAUUACAAGUUGAUGGUUCUAUUGAUAAAUAUUCGAUUGAUAAUAAGUUCAUAACAGCCCGUUACCUUGAUAAAAAUAAAGUUAUGAAAAAUAUAUUUCUCGGAGAAAGCCAUUCUUCUAAGCGUGGAGCAGAAGGCUUACUUGAUUCGGUUAUAAUCGUUUUAAAAAACCUUAAUUUAGAACACACUGCUACACAAAAUAUGACUGGAUUAACUACCGACGGUGAGAGUGCCAACACUGGUAAGAAAAGUGGUCUCUGGGUCAGAUUUCAAGAACAUUUGAAAAAAGAGAUACUUUGUAUUUGGUGCGUAGCACAUAGGUCUGAUUUAGCGUUUGGAGAUUUACAAACAUCAAUAGUGGAAGUAAAAAACUGGAAAUCAAAUGUGAAAGCUGUGGCUACAUUUUACAGAAGCUCAGCAGUACGAAUAGAAGAGCUCCAAUCAAUUUCUAAACAGUCAAAAAACAAGUAUUAUCGAUCUCCAGAACAUUUUGAAGUACGAUUCGUUCAACAUCUUAUAAAAUUAAGUGAAUCAGUAUGGAAUAAUUUAAAAUCAAUAAGAACACAUUGGAAUUCAAUAAUCACCAACACGAGUGGAAAUAAAACUGAAAAAUCUGUAGCUAAAGGAUUUUUAAAUCUGUGGAAAGAAGGCGGAGAUCAAGAGUAUUAUACUGCAUUAAUGAUGGAUAUACUUUACCAGUUUGAAAAAUUACAAAAAGAAGGCCAAAAAUCGAUGACCACUUUAUGUGAUAUAGAAACUACGAAAACGGCAGUACUUGCAUCGUUGGAUAUAAUUAAAACUAAUUGUUUUCCUGGUGGAAAAGAAGAAGGUUUACAAAACUUGCAGUGUGAUGUAGAAUUAGAAUAUGAGGAUGACAACGACAAUAAUAUAAGAACACGAACGAUAAGAAAUUCUUAUGUUUCGACAAAACGUUGUGUUUUAAGUGUUAAAAACGAAAUUAUCCUAAGUUCCAUUGAAUUUCUCCAACAGCGACUUAAUUGUGAACAAAAAAGUAAAUCAGUCGACUCAAAUUAUUCUUAAAUGCACAGAAUGGUACAGAAAUGAUUGCUUCUGUAAGAUGUGAUGUUGAAGGAUUAUUUAAUAAAACUAACCUGAGUCAGUUCAGCGAUGAAGUCAUUGGGCUAUAUGCUACAGAUAAUCUCCCAGCACCACGCAGUAUAACAGAUUUUACUGGAAAACUUUAUUAUUUUUUAAAAAUAAGUACACCAAACACUUUGUUUUCCAAACUCGUGCAGACAUAUAUAUCCCUUACUCCUCACAGUUGUGGGCCUGAACUCGCUGUAUCUUGCCAUACCAUUUUAAAAUCAAACAAGCAGUCUAAUUCCAGAUAAUCAAUUAAUAGCCGUCUUUACAUUGCUUUAAAUAGCGGUGGUACAGCAAACUUUGAUCCUAGACCAUCAGUAGCUAGAUUUUUACAGAAAAAAGAACGUAGAUUUAAAAUACCGGAUGAAGAAGCCUACAAAGACCAUGUCUUUAUAAAGAAGUUCUUUGAAGAAG